AUGAUUUCCACCAAAUUUCUCCUCUCUUGUUUCCCCCUUGCGCCUCGCCCUCCACAACCACACCAACAACAACGACAAAACUCUACCACACACAAUUGACAGCAGCAGCCUGACCAACAACAACAGCACAACCGCUAAGGAGAAGAAAGAAGAAAGCAACUUGUCCUGCGUCGCCACCCCUUUGCUUGAUUGCUGCUUGGUGUCCUUCCGUUCCCUUCGAAACUCGAAGACUGAGUGAGCGCACGCACGAGGUUUGGCUGCCCAAGCGCUCGCAGUUGUUGCCGCCAUGGCGUCAACGACCAUCACCAUCCCCAUCACCCUGCAGCGGGAAGGCGACGAAGGCCUGGGCUUUUCCAUCGGCUCAGCAAACCCAGCCUGCGUCACCAACAUCACCCCAGACGGUCCGGCGUUUCAUGCCGGGUUGCGGCGCGGCGACAUUAUUCUCUCCAUCAAUGGGGAAGACGUCACCUCUCUCCCACACAACCUCGUUGUCACCCGCCUCACGUCAGUGUCACGCAUUGAGCUGGAGGUCCAGCGUGUGACAAGUAGCGACUCCCAUUCGGAUGGCGUCAACGUGGAUGCGGAAUCACAGCAGGACUCCAUGCACGGCGGCCACCACGCCCCCAACCCGCCAUCGGAGGCUGAACUUGAGGCGUACAAGCCCUUCUCGGACCUUGACCUGUUGUUGCAGAGUCCCCCGCACAUGGCCACCUUCCUCAAUUUUGUCCUCAGCCCACAGGGCGUGACCGAGGACGAAACACUGUAUCUGCUGAACCUGAACUGGUUCCUCGAGGACCCGCUCUUCCCCGCCGCCCGCACGCUCUACAAUGACUUCCUCGCAACAAAGGCGCCAAUGCGGAUCAGCUGCGUGCCGGAUGAGGUGAUGCAGACGGUUGAGCAGGCGCUGUCGACGAAGAAGCCAACCAGCGCCAUGCUCAGGCAAGCGUUCAAGCCGACGCAGGAUGCGACGCGGCGGCACGUGGCGAUUGUGCUGCGGGACUUCAACCAGUACCUGCACAACGGCUUUGGCGACCUCUGCCACGCCGCACGUCUCAUCCACCUCUCCACCGCCGAGGAACUCAGGCUGGUUGAGGACAUGAUUGGGCCGCACAUACGGGAGGCGCAGGCGCGGCAGAGCAAUGCCGAGGAGAAGCACGUUGCUGCGCGCUUUGCCAUUGUCGAGCACACCCUCGCCCGCUUCUACACCAAGUCCGGCGGGGCCGCUGACAAGUACACGUCCGCAGCCGGCAGCACACGCGCCAGGCAGCUCUCUCGCAAGGACACGCAGAAGGUCGACUUUUACCACAUGGGCCACCGGUUUGUGACGACGACGUACACGCACCCGACGUUCUGCGCGGUGUGCCGCGGCAUGAUCCUCGGCCUCGUCAGGCAGGGGUGGGACUGCAUCGACUGUGGGAUGCAUCUGCACAAGAAGAACGACAAGUUCUCGUCGAGUUUCCGCCGCUGCCACACGCUCGUGCGCGAAAAGUGCAGUGGCCUCAAGAAGUCCCGUGGGCUGUUUGGGAGCAGCAGGCGCAAGAAGGGAUCAAAGCACGCGAAAUCGCUCGCUGCGAGCACGGCCGCUGCUAGCGUCUCCCCAGAUGACCCCGCAACAAAGCCGCUCGAGGGACAGGGCAAGGCAAAAUCGACGUCCUCGCUGACAACGGAUCAGUCCAACGAACUCUCCCUCUCCCGCAGCAACCGCUCAUCAAGCAAAUCAGCGAGCAGCCGGUUUUCGAUGCGUCGCGGGAACAACCACGCACUGAUGUUUGACGUGUCCAACGACCCGGAGUUUUGGCAGGAGACGGUGCAGGACAAGACGCUGGUGGCGACGCUGAGCAAACGCGAGACAAAACGGCAGGAGCUCAUCUACGAGCUCAUGCAGACGGAGAAACGAUUUGUCAGGCACCUCACCAUCUUUAAGGAGCUGAUCCGCAAGCGUGUGAUUGCGGAGAAUGUGCUGAGCUCCUCUGCUGUGCACGGCCUGUUUGCCAACGUGGACGACCUUCUGGAGAACAACGCUCCAAUUGCCGAUGCCCUUGAGCGCCGCCGCGCCGAGCGGAGUGGCAUGGUGGUCCACCACAUUGCUGACGUCAUGCUCCCGUACUUUCGCCAGUUCAACUGUGACGCAUACGCCACCUUCUGCAGCGGACAGCAGCGCGCUCUCAAGCUCUACAACCAGCAGAUGAAGGGCAACCAGGCGUUUGCGGACUGCAUCCGGCAGAUUGAGCAGCUGCCAGACAUCGAGCGCUUGACGUUCAGGGAUUUCGUCGCAAAGCCGAUGCAGCGCCUCACAAAAUACCCGCUCCUCAUCGAGGGCAUACUCAAGGGAACUGUCGACGACAACACACGCGAGCGCGAGGACCUGGAGGAGCUGUUGCAAUUGGCAAAGGGUGUCUUGCAACACGUGCAACACGUCAUCCGCAGCACAGAGGACAAGAAGCGGCUGUGCGAGAUUGACGACAAGCUCGACCGCUCUCAGCUGGACCGGCUUGAGAAGCUCAUGCUCAACGACCUUCCAAGCUCCGGCUUUGAACUCAUCCACGAAGAUGCACUGCAGCUCAAGUGCGCCGGGAAAAUGGUUGAGAUUCGAUGCAUUCUCCUUACACACGCCGUCAUCUUCUGCCAGCGAAAGGACGAGCGCCUCGUCGUAAAGCAGUCGCGAUGCUGUUGCAAUGGCAUGUGA